AUGACUCAAGACUCGGAUGAUGACCUGUCUGAACUUGCUCGCCGCGCUCCACUCGUAGCUGCAUUGGAGGCUACUCAACUUCUUUCAACUCAACAAGUCGCGAACACGAGCCAAUCGGAGCAGGACGCAGAUGAUUUCAAUCUCCAUGCUGAUAGAAAAUGCCAAAUAUUUCCUACUUCAAGAUUGGACGCUGGAGAAAGUCGUAUCUGCGAACAGCUCAGAGCUGCUCUCCCCCCCUACAACGAACUGAGACAAUGUUUCUCUGGAGACACCAAAUGGUGGGAUUUCUGGCAUAUCAAGACAUUUGGGCCAGAUGCUCCCAAGGAGAGCCUCCUGCAGUUUCUGGAACGAGUCUACAUGAUCGGUACCCCGAUAGAACUCGGCUUCCUUGUCUCAUCCUACGGUCGUCAUCAUGCCGCCGAGGCUUCAGAGUAUCUUGCGGUGGUUGAUCGUCUUGUUCUCGCAAGCGACCGAUUUGCAAGGAGCGUCGAGGGACUCCUUCUGGCUGUUUUCCACGCCAAGGUUUAUCUCGAUGUUGGUCAGCCUCUUCGUCACCGAACAAUUUCUUCGGACGUUGCUGACUUGUCCCAGAAUCUGCACCGCAACUAUUCGAGCUCCCACAGACGGAGUGCUGCUUGGUGGACACUCUAUCUCGGUGAUCGCUUCUUGUCUAUCCUGCUCGGUCUGCCCUAUUCUAUCUCAGACAACUCCUUCAUUGUCACGUACGCAAGUGAAACAAGCCAACUUGGCUACGCAACGCUACCUUUUGCGAUCCGCUUGGGCAUGAUCACGGGCCGCGUCAUUGACCAAGUGCAGAGUCGCAAAGGCCCGAAAUUCUCUGAGAUCGUGGACAUCGAUGACGAGCUCACCACCCUAGCGAGCACAAAGCCAAGGCAUUGGUGGGACCACAAGAUUACCACAGACGCUUACUCGACCGACCUGAAUGAAUCGCGAGAAAGGCUGAUAUGUCAGACACAAUACUUCCUCACCAGGAUAUACUUGCAUCUACCAUAUCUCCUCAAGUCGCCGACAUCCCACCUGUACGUGAGCAGCAGGUUGACGGCGAUCGAGUCUGCAAGAGAGCUGCUGAAGCGUUAUCAAGCUUUGAGAUCUUACGUUGACGGCAGCCCCAUUUUUGAUUGUCAGUCGCUUGACUUUGUCGGUUUUAUGGCUGCAGUCAUACUGGUCGUUGCGGCGUUCUGUGGCUCGGGUGGUCAUCUUCUGCCGGAUGACAUGGAGCGAAGCAACGAAACCCUGAAAGCCUUGCAGAGAGUGGCGGAAAACAGGGUCAAUGGUCUCGCCCGUCAAUGUCAGAAAACUCUAGCUACAUUGCUAGUGCUGGCUCAAGAGGAAGGCUCCUUGAACUGUGCAGUCCCACCGAGGAUAAAAAUCCCUUAUUUUGGAACUCUCUACGUGGCUUCGGAGCGGCACUUGAAAUCCAGCAGCCUAAAAACGUCGCGCGAUCAUGGGUCUUCACCAGCAUAUCCAGGCUGUCUUGUCAACUCUUCGACCAGUGGUAUGCCUAGUACUGAUCUCAAUCCUCAAUCUCCAAAAAUCACUUAUGAGGGUAUGUAUAGCUUUGACUCCGACUUACCUUGGGCACAGGACGAGUUUCAAGCAGUCUCUGGCUCUCUUGACUUCAUGACGGAUCUGGAUCAAGGCUGGGAAUCAUUCUUCAAUUCACAGGCAUCCAGUGAGAUGCCGUCUGCCGAAUCUCUAUUUUUCGACUGA